AUCUCUCAGGAACAGUACCGUUGGAGCUUGGAAGCUGCAAGAACCUAAGGACAAUUGAUCUCAGUUUCAACAGCUUGAUUGAUCCUAUUCCCUCAGAGAUUUGGACCUUACCAAAUAUUUCAGACUUGGUUAUGUGGGCGAAUAAUCUCAUUGGUGAGAUCCCAGAAGACAUUUGCUCUAAUGGAAGAAACUUGGAGACCCUCAUUCUCAACAACAAUCUCAUAAGUGGAACCAUUCCAGAGUCCAUUGGCAACUGUACUAAUAUGAUAUGGGUGUCACUUUCCAGCAACCGCCUUACUGGACAAAUCCCUGUUGGUUUUGGAAAUCUUCAUAAACUUGCUAUCUUGCAAUUGGGUAACAAUUCACUCACUGGACAGAUCCCUCCAGAGCUAGGUAAUUGCCAGAGCCUCAUUUGGCUUGACUUAAACAGCAAUGCCCUAUCCGGAAAUCUACCACCUGAGCUUGCCAACCAAACUGGCCUAGUCGUGGCUGGUGUUGUUUCCAGGAAGCAAUUUGCGUUUGUAAGAAAUGAGGGUGGAACAGCAUGCAGGGGUGCUGGAGGUUUGCUUGAAUUUGAAGGGAUGCGACCAGAGAGGCUUGAAAGUCUCCCAAUGGUUCAUUCUUGCUCAUCCACUAGAGUUUAUUCUGGUUGGACUGUUUAUACUUUUUCUAGUGGUGGUAGCAUGAUAUACCUUGAUCUCUCUUACAACUCCUUGUCUGGAACCAUUCCUGAGAAGUUUGGUACAAUGAGCUACUUGCAAGUCUUGAAUUUGGGACACAACUCGUUAACUGGAGAUAUUCCUGACAGCUUUGGAGGUUUGAAAGCUAUUGGAGUUUUAGAUCUCUCUCACAAUCAUCUUCAAGGCCAUCUGCCAGGUUCAUUGGAGACGAUCACUUUUCUCAGUGACCUUGAUGUUUCCAACAACAACCUCACUGGUCCAAUCCCCCCCGGAGAAGCGAGUCAACAGACUUACAUACUUGCGGAAGAAAGCAAUCUGUGGCAACAGUAACGGUAGUUUUUUUUUUUUUUUUAUAAAGACAACGGUUAAUAAGUUAGUAUUUUUAAAUAUUAUGAGAUUUGAUUCCAAGUGUGAUAAACAGUUCACCAACUUUAAUAAAGCGCAAUCAUCAGG